AUGCACAGCAGCCGUAUCCCGGCUACGGAGCGCAGAGUGUACCGCAUCAUGCCCCAGCUCACGAACCCCGUCAUCGAGGAGCUCGAGCGGCGGCGCCGCGAGGGGUCCGCCGUGCAGUCGUCGGCGAACGGCGGCGCCGGCCCCGCCAGGACCGCGACGGGCCCCAUCCAGCACCAGCACGGCGGCGUCGCAGCGGCCGGAGCGCGCCCGGCGCCGGCAGCCCCGGGCGGGAGGAUACACGCGUACGACGCGGCGCCGGAGCGGCAGCCUGCGCCGGUGUUCGGCGCGGCGGCACGGCAGCACCAGAACGGCGCGACCGCCGCAGUGCCCUGUGCACAGCCCGCUCACCCCGCACCGAGCGGCCUCGUGCCGGGGCAGGGCCCGGUCCUGUCGGUGGCGAUGAAGCUGCUCAAGGGCGGCAGGUUCGGGCUGCAGUGCGGGUUCAACCAGGCGGUGUCGGACGCGUGCAGGCGUCUCGGGGGGCGGUUCGAGCAGGGGCCGGGCAAGGGCCGGGCCGCGGGGAAGCUGUGGACGUUCGAGCUCGUGGCGCGCGCGGAGGUCGAGCGGGCGCUGCAGGAGGUGCCGGGGGUCCGCGUGGACCUCGUGGGGCUGCACCCGCUGCCGCUGCGCAUGUUGGAGGAGAUCGGGGAGCGCACGGACGACUCGGAGCGGUGGAGCGAGGUGCCGGAGUCGAUCCGGUCGAAGAUGUACGACUUCCAGAUCGAGGGCGUGAAGUUCGCGCUGCGUCAGGGCGGCAGGGUGCUGUUCGGGGAUGAGAUGGGCCUCGGGAAGAGCGUGCAGGCGUGCGCGACGCUCGCCGCGUACAGGGACGAGUGGCCGGCGCUGAUCAUCACGCCGACGUCGCUGCGCGACCAGUGGGUGGAGUCGCUCGAGCAGUGGCUGCACGUCCCCGCGCGCGAGGUCGUCGCGCUGUCGGCGUCGCGGGACGUCGCGCAGAUCGCCAGCGCCCACGCGCGCUUCGUGGUGGUCAGCUACGACCUGCUGUCGAAGGAGAGCAAGGCGAUGCUGCAGCAGGGGUUCCGCGUCGUGGUGUGCGACGAGGCGCACAUGAUCAAGUCGCCCACCGCCAAGCGCACGCAGGCCGCGCUGCCCAUCCUGCGCAAGGCCAACCGCGUAAUCCUGCUCUCCGGCACGCCCACGACGAACCGGCCCAUCGAGCUGUACCCGCAGCUCCAGGCGCUGCUCCCGAAGUCCGUGCGGUCGAAGGAGGAGUACGGCGAGCGGUACUGCGCGGGCGGCCGGUUCGGGACCUUCACCGGCGCGUCCCACUCGGACGAACUGCACGCCAUCCUGGUGGCGGGCGUCAUGAUCCGCCGGCUCAAGGAGGACGUCACGAAAGACCUGCCGCCGAAGGUCCGCAGGACCGUCGAGCUCCGCGUGUCCGACCGCGACAUGGCGCCGCUGUAUCCCGUGUGGUCGCAACUCGAGGCGGUGGGCGCGCGCCUCAAGGAGAUCCAGGCGCGGCGCGGGGUGAGCGCGCGGGAGGACGCGACGGGCCUGGAGAUGGAGCAGAAGCGCAUCAUGAACCAGCUGUACGACAUGAGCGCCACGGCGAAGGUCGCGGCCGUCCAGCAGCACCUGGCCUCCCUCCUGGCCGCCAAGCGCAAGUUCAUCGUGUUCGCGCACCACCAGACGCUCCUGAACGGCUGCGAGGCCGCGUGCCGCCGCGCGGGCGCGGACUUCAUCCGCAUCGACGGCCAGACGCCCGCGGACGACCGCGCCGAGAAGGUCCGGCGGUUCCAGGCGGACGCCAACGUGCGUGUCGCCGUGCUGUCCAUCCGCGCGGCCGGCGCCGGCAUCACGCUCACCGCGGCCGCGCUCGCGGUGUUCGCGGAGCUCUCGUGGACCCCCGGCGAGCACCGGCAGGCCGAGGACCGCGUGCACCGCAUCGGUCAGACGCGGCCGGUCGAGGCCUCCUACCUGCUCGCGCCCAAGACCAUCGACGACAUCAUCUGGGAGACGCUGCAGACGAAGCUCGGCAAGGUCGGCCUCGUGCUUGACGGAGCGUCGAACGGCCUGCGCGUCGAGGGACGCGGGUUUCAGGGUGACGCCAGGCAACAGUCCCUGCAGGGGUUCCUCGUCCCGUCAGGGAGCCAGCCCGCGGCGAGCCAGCCCGCGGCCAGCCAGCCCGCGGCGAGCCAGCCGGUGCGCCGCGUGGCCGGGCCGGCCGAGGUGGGGCAGUGGACGUGCGGCCCGUGCGGCACGCGGUGCGGGGAGGAUUCGAGCAGCUUCACGCAGUGCCGCGUGUGCAGCGCCCUGCGGCCUGGGCACUGGCAGUGCAACGCUUGCACGCUGAUCAACGGACCGGGCGGGACGCUCUGCCGCGCGUGUGGCACUGCAGACUCGCCUCCCGCCAAGAAGGCGCGCGUCGGGCCGCCGCAGUGA